UUCUCUAUGAAAACAAUAGAAAAAUUACAUUUUUAGACUAUUUUAAAUUGAAAGGGUUUUUUCAAGACGCAGGGAAUAUAAAGGAAAAGAAUUCCGAUCCCGUUGAUAGAAUGGCUGCAACUCGUCGUCUGACCCGGGAGCUCUCCGACCUGGUUGAGGCCAAGAUGAGCACUCUGCGGAACAUCGAGAGCAGCGACGAGUCCCUGCUAAUGUGGACGGGACUCUUGGUUCCGGAAAAGGCGCCUUAUAACAAGGGCGCCUUUCGCAUUGAAAUUAAUUUCCCGCCACAGUAUCCCUUUAUGCCGCCGAAGAUCCUUUUCAAGACGAAGAUCUAUCACCCGAAUGUGGACGAGAAGGGAGAGGUGUGCCUGCCCAUAAUCAGUACAGAUAACUGGAAGCCCACAACGCGCACAGAGCAGGUCCUCCAGGCCCUGAUAGCCAUUGUCCAUGACCCAGAACCAGAGCAUCCGCUACGUUCUGACCUGGCCGAAGAGUUCGUAAAGGAGCACAAGAAGUUCAUGAAGACCGCCGAGGAGUUCACUAAGAAGAAUGCGGAGAAGCGACCAGAGCCAUGAAAAUCAACUUGUCGGUCAUACUGUGUAAUUUUAUUUUUUA